AUGUUUUCGAGAUUCUACAGAUCGUUUUGCAAACCAUCCGACGCCAUCAUUCGAUUCACAGGACACUAUGCGCACCAAACACCAUGUCUUUCAAGGAACUUGUACACAUCUGCACAUAACUUUCGCCGACAAUCGAAUUAUGGGCAGACUAUACGCAACGCCCAGAUCAAGCGGAUUCGAAAAUCAGAAUCAGAUCUGGAGCAGGAGAUAAUAUUGCGCAAAAAACUCCUUGCUAUAUUAAAGCUCGAACCGAAGCAAAGCUUCUUCAGCAAACUCUUCCCAGUUCAAUCAAGUGUGUAUCCAAAGCCGGAGGACAUUCAGAAGGCUAUAGAGCUAUUUAGUAUUUUGUACACCAAGACCUGA